UUGACGACUGACGAGUUCAUCUGUUGAAACGUUCUUGGUGAAGUUAAAUUAACUACAGAAAAAAAUAGAAAUAAAACCUGUUUAUAAAUUAAAUACGCUUGUUACUGAGACGCAAGCAUAUUUUUUUUUGUAGUGGAUAAGUAAUAUGGGUAUAGAAAACAUGCGUCGUUGGCCAAUGUACAUUGUUUUUGCCGUAUGUAUUUUACUUACCCUUUCACUACUCAAUAGUUGGAGUAUGGAAACCGAAUUACAAACUCGGCUUGGUGAGUUAAGCGGACAACUGCAAGAGUGUUCGAGACAACAAACAUCAUGUAUGGAAGAGUCACUACGCUACCAGCAACAAAGAGACAUAUACAAUACGAAAGUGAGCGAUUUAGAAAGUUCAAAAAUGAAAUUAAGCAGCAAUUAUUCAGAGUUAAAAACUAAAUUAGCAAAAUCCGAGAUUCAAGUGAAUCAAACAUUAGGAGAUGUAGAAUUAUGUAAAACUGAAUUGCAAUCUUUAAAAAACUUACAAGUAAGUAAGUCGGCUAUAUUAGAAACCUUGAGGUUAAAAAAGGAAACGUUAACAGCUCAAUUAGAAGAAAGGCAGAAAAGAAUUGAAGAUCUGGAAAAAGAAAUAACACGGUUGAAGUCUUCAAUGACGACCAAAAGUGCUCCAAACCAAGCUAUAUCUUCAAAGGUGACUCCAGCAGCUCAACCACCAAAACUCAGUUCAGCUUUAAAUGUUAAUAAUCCCAUUAAUGAGCCCGUGCUUGAGAACAAUGCCAAGGAAGAUAUUGAGGAUCCAAGUGCUCUUAACGAUGUAGAUAACUUUGACCAAAAAUAGUAUUGAUUUUUAAAUCAACAAACAAUGUGGGAUGUCACAUUUGUGACAUCUACAUCGGAGGUACGUUUUUAAAAUUAACAUUUAUCAUUGGCUUACUGACAGAACUCAUUACCUGCAAAAAAAUACUAAAUUUGUUAAUUGCUAUUAUUUAUGAAUUUAUAGAAAUUUAUUGUUUCCCAAAAUAACUACAAAAAAAAUUACGAAUGAUACAAAACAUAUUGUAACAAAUGAACCUCUGUUUUAUAUAUUAAUAGAAAUAGAACAAGAUUUUUUUUGCAAUUAAUGAUUUUUUGUUGUAAACUGAAGUUGUAUACAGUAUCAAUAUUGAUCUGAAGUUAUCAUUUUAUAAGUUAUAUUAUUUUAAACUUCUUUAUUGUAAUUAUAUUUUUAUUAUAUAAAUUGUUUAGUAAGAAUUUAGUUAAUGCCAUUUUAAUUUAUGGUUACAUAAUACACAAUAAAUUUUUUUGGUCAUUUCUAAAUCAUCAAGGCUUUAUAUAUUUUUUUAAACGUCUGUGUUAUGAGCAAAGUAUUAUAAAAUUUAAUUAAUUUGUCACAAUUUACUAAUGGAAAUUAUGCCAAAAAUUGUUUUUGGGCUUGAUGAUAAAGAUUUUUUGUUUUUCAUUUUAAGUAUAUAAGUAAAAACAAAAAUGUAAUGAGAUUUACACAAUAAUUAAAAAAUUAUUCGUAAUAAUUAUUUUAAGUAGUAUAUUAAAGAUAUAAUGAUGAUGGUGCAAAUUCCAUGGCUAUGUUGAUUUUAUUAUAAAAAAAAGUGCAGAUUAAAUGAUAAAUUAAAACCUUCAGCGACAGAUUGGUCUACAGCGUUAUAUGGUCUGAUAGGUUUAUUUAAGAAAGAAGAAAAAAGAAAGCUCUCUCAUUAAUUUUGAAUAGUACCAAAAGAAAGUUGGAUAUCUAAUAAUGUUAAAAAAAUGCUCUGGGAAACUUAAAAUUUAAUCACCAACAAACAAUGAAAACUACUGUAAUAUUUGAUCUCUUGUUCUAACUAAUUUUACUGGAUAUUAUGUAAAACACUUUGAAAUUCCUAAGUGAUUAUAAAAGGUCAAUAUUAAUAACACAUAGCAUUAUUCUAAACUGAUAUUUGUUUCUUAAACUAUUUUUUUAUUUUUGUCCAAAUCAAUUACAUUAAUAAUAAUCAUUAUUGAUGUAAUAGUUUUAAAUAUUUUAAUGUUACAAAAUUUGUUCAUUAAUUGUGCUGCCAUAUAUUAUAAACAUCACAAAUGUAUCAAAUAACUAAUAAUUAACACUUGUAAAAUUAUUUAGUUACCAUUUCUUUAAAUAAAAUAGCAAGGAUUUAAGUGCUAUUUGAUAAUUAUGUGUUAUAGAUUAUUUGCUUUUUAUUAAGUUAGUUAUGCCAUGACGGUGCCACAAUGACAAUCGGAAAGUUUAAGUUUAAAUAUCCACUUUAAUGGAAUUUUAACAAGUUAAACAACCCUAAAUGUUUCGAACGGUUUGUACCUAUUGUACUUGUACCAAUUGUGUAUGCUAUUGUGUAAUAAGGUGUUUCUGCAUUGAUUCAUUAUUAAGAAAAUGUUAAUAUUAAAAAAAAAAGUAAAAAUAAUCGAGUAGCUAAGUAGAUAAACAGGUGAUAAGUUGUUGAAAAAAAAAAAUCAUUAAAAAGGUAGUAUAUUAUUUAAACAACAAUGUUUGUCAAACCCUAACAAAACAUAUAAAACCAAAUGGCUACAUGUAUUGUAAACACAUAAUUUUGUAUGCAGCUUACUUAGUUCCAGUGCAAUUUUAUAUCAAAACACUUUUAUUGUGAAUGAUUUAUGUAUUGCUUUUUUUAGUUAUUUUAUAUGUAUCACUGUUUCAAAAUAAAAAUGUUUUUGACUAGAGGUGUCAAAAAUUUAAGUUUUCAUUUUGUCGCAUAUAAUAAAAAAAAAAAACAAGAUUUCCACCUCAUUAUAUCACAUAGGUAUAUUAUAUACGUUAUACAUGGAGGCAUUUCUCAACUUUUAAUGAAAAUCCUUAAAAAUACUACCGUGAUGUUCUUUGACGUAUGUUUAGAUAUCUACAAUGUUUAUUUUAAUUAGAUGUGUAUGUAUUAGCGAUUAAAUUUUAUAUAGGACUUUU